AUGUUGAGGCUACCCUGCCUGGUGGGGCUGCUGGCCUUGCUGAUGUCCUCUGUUGCUCUGCCGGUGCCUCCUGCUCCAGGCAGCCCCCUGUCAGACCACGAGUACCAGCUGUUCUUUGCCAGCCUGCAGCCACCCUGGAAGGCACACAUCUCCUGCCAACUGCGCCAGGCACAAGGCUGCCUCAGCCCCACCAUCCUGCAGCUGGACCAGGAGGAGAAUCAUGGCCAUGUCCCUGAAGGUCCAGUCUGCUCUGACUUCCCAGAGGCUCCGUGGUUUCAGACCUUCUGCCAGUUUGCCCAGUACCGCUGUUUCAAACACCAAUUCUACAUCAAGCGAAUCCCAUGUCUGAGUUUGUCUCCUCCAAAAAACCUUCUCCUCCCAAUGGAGCAACAUCAUGCUGCAGGCUCCUGGGCAAGGGGUGAAAGUUCCCCUAUGGAAGAAGGGCAGGCAUCUCUGUCACCCGCUGAUGCCCUGCUGCACACCAAUGUGGAUACUCUCCUGAAGUACUCCUAUGCACUGUCGAGUCAGAAACUGCUGCCAAGGAAGCUCCCCCUGGCCAAGCCAGGGGUGCCGAGACCCCCGCAGGACAGGGGACUGCCUGUGCUCCCACCAACCCUGCUGGCCCCACCUGCCCCUGCCCCCUCGCGUCCCAGGCUGGGACCCCCUGCCCGGGCAGAGCAAGCCUGGGAGCAACGCCUGCAGAACAGCGUCUGGCAGCUGAUCCACUUGGCCCUCUCCUUGGAGACAUCCCUAGGCCCUGAGGGCUCUUCUCCAGACUCCAGCACCAAGUCAGACCCAGGGAGCACGUCAGGCAGUGCCAAGGAGGGGGUGCAGGAAACGGCUCCCCGUGGCAGCCUUUUAGCCCUGAAGCAGGACGAGGCAGUGAUUAUCCUGUGCUAUGCAAUGCUGGAGGGAAACUGUGUCUCUUCAGUGGUCACCCAGGCCUGGAAGGAGAUGGAAGAAAGAGUCCUUGGGUUCGGAGAUUUGGUGUGUGACAGCCUCGGGCGGCAUCACAUGGACCUGUGCCCUAACUGUGCUUUCUGCUCACUGAAGAGGGAGCAGUGUCAGAACAUCAAAAACCUGAACCGUGUUCAGUGCAAGAUAGGCAGCUUUACCACCUACAUCAACCCUCAGAUCUCAGCCCAGUACCAGGCCACAGGCAACAAGACCAGCUCCUCAGAGACCUCGGAGUACUAUGGCAUGGAGGUUUUCAGAGGGCUGAGGGCGGAGUAUUGGUGCAGUCAGAUGGCCAUCCAUGGCUGUGAGGAUCCUCGUGUGGCCCUCUGGCUGAAGGCAGAGUACACCACCUUCCAAGACAGAGAUGCCCCGAGCAAGGUCUGUGACUCAGGUGGAGUUCAGCACCCCAGCUACUGUGCGUUCAAGAGCCACCAGUGUCUGCUGCAGAGCCUCUACAACCAGAAGCAUUUCACUGUGGUGUCUGCUGGAACUCCUCCUGAAAACAUUUUCUCCAGCCAAACGAGCAGCUGA